ACAAAACGUCAGUCACUUUGGAACCGAAUAUUCUUAAAAGUUUAAUAUAUGUUGCACUAGAAAGUGCAAUUACAAUCAAUUCUUUUCAUUUUAAAGAAUAAAAUUGCUAUAAAAUGUUACGACAUAUAUCAAAUUUGACUCAAAAGCUACCAACGCGGACAUAUGCAGCGGUGGCUCCAGCUGUCAAAUACCAAAACUCGACCAAAUCUAAGAAAAUUCCACUGAUAGAAUGCAAAAAUGCCAAACUAAAUGUGCCCUUUGGAAAACCCCUUAUAGAAGCCAAAUUCGGAGCUAUUCCAUUGGCCUCCAAGGGAUGGUUGCAUCGUCGGUCUAAAGGUGAUUAUUUUAUUGUAAAUACCUCGAUGAAUGAGGAUGAAAUUCUCAGUCGAAUGCAGAACAUUAACGACCUGCAAGGAACUCUCCAGUUGUCGGAUGAUUUAAUUGAAAACUUGAAAUCCGAGUUGGAGAUCACACAACUCACCAAAAUCCAAACCGAUGCUAUUCCAAUAAUCCGUGACAGUAAUCAUGCACUGAUAGCAGCCGAAACUGGCUGUGGCAAAACUCUUGCCUAUCUCCUGCCGAUUGUCCAACAAAUUCUCGAACAAAAGUAUAGGUUUGAAGAGCAAAAACCUAAUACUCCUUUGGUGCUGAUUCUUAGCCCAGGCAGGGAACUGGCAUUACAAAUAUCGGAUGUUGCACAGAAGUUAUGCAAAUCCACUGGACUUAAAGUCAAAUGUAUUCUCGGAGGAAACACGAAACAAAAAAUGUUGAAUCCAGAGUUUGAAGACGUGGACAUUCUCGUCGGCAGUAUAGGGGCAAUAAGUAAACUAGUAACUACGGGCAUCUAUCGAAUGGAAAAGGUGCGUCAUGUUGUGCUCGAUGAAGCCGACACUCUACUGGAUGAUAGUUUCUCUGACAAACUCUGCCAUUUUCUUAAAAGAUUCCCGUUCCAUAUGAAUCACAUCCAAGACAAUAAAGUUGUGGGAAGUCAAAUGAUUCUCGCCUCAGCUACAAUGCCCACGAAUACAAACGAACUAUUGCAAAACAUCAUCGAUACAUCGACCCUACACCAAGUCGUAAGCCCGAAUCUACAUCGCCUGAUGCCACACAUUACCCACAAAUUUCUCAGAAUGAACAAAUCCGAUCGACCAGCUAAUCUCCUUGGCAUGGUCAAAUCGGAACUGUCUAAAAAGCGACCUGUGAUCGUUUUUGGCAACAAAUCCUCUACCAGUGACUAUGUUUCCAUGUUCCUCAAUAACAAUGGAGUCAAUUGCAUCAAUUUAAACGGAGACAUGUUAAUGAAGAUUCGAAUCGGAAGGUUUGAGCAGUUCCAACAAGGAAUGGUGGAUGUCCUUUCGACAACAGACGUUGGUAGCCGUGGUCUAGACACAACUCGUGCAAGGCAGGUCAUUAAUUUUGACUUCCCUCUGCAUGUGUCGGACUAUAUUCACCGAUGUGGACGAAUAGGACGUGUAGGAAGCCAACAGAGAUGCCUGAUAACGAAUUUCGUUUCAAGCCAAAGAGAAGUCGGUUUGGUGCAGAAGAUCGAACACGCAGCGCGGACGGGCUCUCUCCUGCCAAAUGUCAAUGCCAACAUAAGAAACCUUAUUCAAUCGCGAAUAGUUAAGGAGAUGAAGAAAUAUGGAGUCGAUGAACCAGCUUUUUAGUAUUAAAUGAAUAGGAUAUUGAAAAAAAAAA